GGAGGACUUCGACUCACUAUUACAGACACACAGUCCUCCAUUCUCUUCGUCAAAAACCAAAACUUAACCAGCGGAUAAAGAAAACGAAAACUGUUGUAAAAGCUCACAAAAGCUGAAGAGGAGAAAUUAUGAAUAAGAAAGAAAGAGCAAGGGAGAGAAGAGAGAAGAGGCGCCAAGAGAUUUGUCUUCUCCGCUCCAUUCCCUAUUCAGAUCAUCAAAGAUGGUGGACAUCAGACACAGUCGCAGUUGUGACUGGUGGAAAUAGAGGAAUCGGAUUUGAGAUCGCACGCCAGCUUGGGAUGCAUGGGUUAACAGUCGUUCUUACUUCACGGGACACAAGUGUAGGUGAAGAAGCAGCAAAAGUCAUGCGAGAAGGGGGCUUGAAAGUGGCGUUCCAUCAACUGGAUGUUGUGGAUCCUUCGUCAAUAGAGUCAUUUUCUACUUGGCUAAAAGAACAAUUUGGUGGUUUAGACAUACUGAUAAACAAUGCUGGAGUCAAUUUCAAUCUUGGCUCAGAAAACUCUGUGGAACACGCAGAAACAGUUAUCAAGACAAACUAUUAUGGCACAAAAAAUAUGAUCAAAGCCAUAAUACCAUUAGUGAGGCUUUCAACUUCAGGUGGUCGAGUUGUUAAUGUGAGCUCACGGUUAGGAAGACUGAAUGGAAGGCGAAAUAGAAUCGGAGAUGUUGAAUUGAGACACAAACUGGAGGACAUAGAAUCGCUAUCAGAGGAACUGAUUGAUCGGGCUUUGAACACAUUCCUAGAACAAGUAAAAGACGGGACUUGGGAAUCUCACGGAUGGCCUCAAAAUUUUACCGACUACUCACUGUCAAAACUCGCGGUAAAUGCUUUCACUAGGCUAAUGGCGCGGGAACUUUCAGACCGCCCUGACGGCCAGAAGAUAUAUAUAAACUGCUAUUGCCCGGGUUGGGUGAAGACUGCCAUGACGGGUUGGGCAGGGAAUCUUCCUCCCGAAGAAGCAGCCGAUACUGCAGUCUGGUUGGCGCUGCAACCCGACUUAUCUGUGAGUGGUAAGUUUUUCGCGGAGAGACGAGAGAUCAAUUUCUGAGGCUGAUUGGAGAUUUUGAUGAAGAGAUGGAAGGAAAGCUGGUGUCUUGUGAUCUAUAUUGCUUAACCAUUGAUUUUCCUUGGACAUGACUGCUUUCCCAAAAGAUUAUUUGUAAAAAAAUAUAAGAGUUAUU